GAAAAGUUAGCUCUUCGGCCUCAUCAGCUGUGGGCCAACCAAGACUUUACAACAAGCCUCGUUACAGAAAGAUGGUGGUUGGAAUCGGACUUGUUCUACUCCUGUCUGUCUCUGCAUAUGGGCAAGAGAACGUCCAAUACCAGGGCACACCCAUCCCGCUGUGCGACUACAACCGCAAUCUGAAGGUGAGUCUCCCGAACUGGGGGUGCCAACGCUUCAUCAGCUGUGACUCUGACGGUCUGGCGUUCGGCCCCCAGGACUGUGGACAGGGGACCUUGUUCGACUUCGAGAAGCAGUACUGUGACUUUCCAGGCAACUUCGUAUGUCCGGAAAACAACGCAACGUGUGCCACCCAAGCCGUCCAGGGCGACUGCACCAACUUCACCCUGUGCGUCAAUGGCCAGGAGUUCUCCUUCAGCUGCGGAGAGGACACCAUGUACUCCAACAGGCUUCACAUCUGUGAAUACCCAGGGAACCUGGGCGACGAGGAGAAGGACUAUUGUCGACUUUAAUCAGUUUUCACCAAGCCACGUUUCAAACUCCUUUUUUGCUCAUCUACAAUUUUGAAAAUACAUCAGUACCAUUUAUAACCUUUAAACAUAAUAAUUGUCCAAAACUGCUUCGUGGACACCACGUAAAGCUUCAUUCACAGAAGCGAUCUGACCUGCAACCUGUCGCAACAGCAUACGUUAAGCAAUAUGUUGUGUGACCAGCUCAUGUCUGCUCAAACGCAUGGUUAGUGUUCCUAUCCAGACACUGUCACUAACGUUUCUCUGUCCAAUAAACUCAUGACCUGAA